UGACAGAUCUUAAGCACACGAGCCCGCAAAAAUGUUGUUGUGAGUGAUAUAAAGGUGAAUGUUUGCAUCUUUGCAUUUGACAUUCUGUAUCUUAAUGGACAACCGCUUAUCCAGGAGCAGCUUAAUGUUCGUAGAGAGCACCUGUAUAAUUCAUUUGAGGAAGAGCCCGCCUAUUUUCAAUUUGCCACAAAUAUUACAUCCAAUGAUCUCGAGGAAAUAACACAGUUUCUUGAAGCUUCUGUUAAUGGCAGUUGUGAGGGAUUGAUCAUCAAAACACUGACCAGAGAUGCUACAUAUGAGCCAUCUAAACGCUCAAAUAACUGGCUGAAGUUGAAAAAAGAUUACAUGGAGAGUAUUGGUGACUCCCUCGAUUUGGUACCAAUUGCGGCUUUUCAUGGCCGGGGGAAACGUACAGGUGUUUAUGGUGCUUUUCUCCUUGCUUGUUAUGACAGUAACAAUGAAGAAUUUCAAAGCAUUUGUAAAAUUGGCACGGGAUUUUCUGAAACAAAGCUUGAAGAAUGCUCCACCAGCCUUCGUUCUAAAGUUAUCCCAAAGCCAAAGUCAUAUUACAGGUAUGCCGAAACAAUCAAUCCAGAUGUAUGGUUUGAACCCACCGAGGUUUGGGAAGUAAAAGCUGCAGACCUCACUAUCAGCCCUGUUCACCGUGCAGCCAAUGGUAUUGUGGAUCCUGAAAAGGGAAUCUCUCUGCGAUUUCCACGGUUGAUUCGUAUUCGAGAUGACAAGACUCCAGAGCAGGCCACAUCAGCAGAGAUGGUUGCAGAUAUGUAUACUGCUCAGAAACACAAUCAACAAACUAAUAAUCAGGAUGAAGAUGAAAACUGAAGAACCCAUUCGUCAUACUCCAGUAGUAAAGCUGAAGUCCACUGUAAAGUGCAGAAGUAGCAUCUUGAAACUUAUUUAUGUUAUGGUACUACCUCUGUCCCAUAAUGUAAGAUUAUAUGAGUUUGGUGCGGGUUUUAAGGAAAUAAAGGAUAAAGUGGUUGUUUUACAAUUCCAACAUCCAAAAAGUAAGAAAAAGAAAAAAAUGGAUCCACAAAAAGUAAAAGGUGAAAUGAUAGAUAGAGAGGGUUAGGACAAAGUGGGAAAGUAAAAAGUUAGUCUAUUCCAAUUUAAGAAAGUGUUCAUAUUUUUGGGACAACCCAGAAUAGAAAGUCUAUCUUACUUGAUGGGACGGAUGGAGUAUUAUCUUGAAACAUUAUGCCAGAGCAACUCUAAAUUCAUCCUCAUUUUUUGGAUCAACCCUGCUAUAGGUACCCCCAAUUGGUACCCCAAUUUGUACCUCAACCAAUUUUUGUGGCUCACAAAAGCCCACCUCAAUAAAUGAAUUGCCCCAUUUUAAUGAGGUGCUUUUGUGAGCCACAAAAAUAGGGUGGGGGUACCAAUUGGGGUACCUUUAGCAUUUUUCUUUUUGGAUAGACUACAGAAGGCUUCCAGUGGCUGGUUUGCCAAGGUAGUUGUAUUCAAUAGUAGAUGGCGGGCCAUAGGCACAUUAAAGGGGCUUCCUGUGAUGGGCUUGUACAAGGGUGUGCCAUAUUUCACCGCUCUUCAGAUUGCUAAGGCUGCUUUUUAACUUGAAGUACUGCGUUCAUUUUUCUUUAGGCUCUGUGUGUGGAGUAAAUAUAUGCAAUGUGCCGGUUUAGGCAUCAAGUAGGGUAAUUCUAUUCACAACCCCCAUUUUACUAAACGUAGUCAUUAUAUUUAAAUCUGAUAAAUGAAAUAAUAAAUUGUUCAAUUGUACCCUUUUGCUCUCAACCACUCCAAAUUUCCAAAUUUCACGUGUUCUUUUCCUCGCUGCCUUUCAAACUAUCCAAACCUGUCUUCACCCUCAAGCUUAGAAUAGAUUUGUUAUUACCUUGUAGGCUUGUACGUAUUAUCUCAAAGAUAUUGUAUGGGAACAAAGUUAAAUUGUGGUAAACUUCGUAAGAUAUAGCUGGAGAGUAUGAGAGCACGAAAUUAUGAGAGAGUAUUGUAGCUGUCCUUUGGAAGAAGAUUUUCAAAGCCACGAAUCACGAUUGAAUAAUAAAUACUUUGAUAAAAAGGCUCUUCUUUUCGGCCAUUUUAUACUCUUUUCCCAUAAAAACCCAGUUUUAAUCGGGGCAAUCCAGCCUGCUUAGCUGCAAUUAAGCCAUGAAGAGAUCUGGGAAGGAGUAGCUCACAUUGACCAGAAUUCCCCAGUGGAAAUCAAAUUUGGGAAAAUCUUCAUUCUGGGUUCUGUUUAUAGCUUUUGUUAAGUGGGAAUUCAAGAAAAUACGAAAGAGGAGGAUCCAAGAACCUUGUUCUCCGACUCCAGUUUCUCCAAUUCCUUCCGCAUCUGGGCUUUCCCGCUAUCACAAUCUGCGGUUGUCUAUUUUCAGUUUAUGAACUCUCUCCUUCACGAAAUUGUUUUCACAAAUCAGCUAUAGCUUCUCAUGCUUUUAAUGCGGCAAGCUUUUGGGUCAGUGCAUGUCUCUGCAUCUCAACAUCGUACUUAUCUUCCCCCUUCCAUGCCGAUCUCAGCAUCGUUCAACACUUGAACACAUCCCCCGUCGGUCAGAAGGAUAUAAUUGUACAAUCGACUAUUUUAUUUAUUUUAUAUUUAAAUAUAGUGGUUGUGUUUAGUAAGAUGAUGGUUGUGACUAAAAUUACCUCAUCAAGUAUAACGCGUGUACAUUUUUCACUGUUUAGUAAUGCUUUUGGGUGAUCAAGUUAGCCCACAAUACAUUCUACUUUGCUCUGUGUUCAUGGGACAAUUCUGCAUUUCAUCAUAACCAUGUCCUAAAAGCAAUUGAAUGAAGUCUUAAGAAACUGAA